AUGGACUUGAUGAAGCAUCAUCAAUUUUCUACUACGAUGAUCGUGUUUAAAAUAUGUAAUUACUCAUUCUGUAGGAGAGCUUUUCCAGGAUUAUGUUCCAGAGAAACGAAAAGACCUUAUCUAUCAAACAAUAGAAAAUCAACACCUACACGUAAUUCAAUGGGUGCAAGUCGAAGUCUGAUUCCCUUUGUGCCCAAAGAGACAUGGACACAUGAUUUUUACACUCUAUCAUCCACAACACAGUUAUUUUCACCUGGUCAUGAAGAAGGUGAUACCCUCUUGAGUGCUGGAUUAGGUCGACGAAAAUUAGUGUGCCCUAAUAAAAAUGCCUCACACUCAGAAUUCCAAAAGUUUUUAGAGUCUGAAUUCCCCAGACUUAAAGCAGGUGGCGGAUUUGAACUACUGAGGGCAGUUGGGGGUGGUGGAGGCAAAAGAAGACUGCAAGUGAUUCCUCCUGGAACAGAAGGCUAUAGUAUUCCAUAUAUUAGGGGUGUGGUUGGUUCUGGAGUUGUCUUUGUUCGACCAUUACAAGCCAAUCUAGACACUUCACGGCUGUCAUUUGAUGUAAGUUUAAAAUGUUAA